AACAGACGCACAUACCACACAUCGCGCCCGCUGCAGUCUCCUUUUGCGCCUGUGUGGCGAGGCUUCGCUGCAUGAGGAUCUUCAUCAACAAUGCUGACAGCUAUGUCGGCAGAGCUCUAUGUGCAGACUUGAGGAAGGUCUACGAUCAGGAGAACAAGAUUCUCGGCACGCUGUCGCAGGGUGCAGAGGCCGAUGCAGAGCUUCUUGAAUCAAUGGGCGUCAAAAGAGUCGUGAGUCGCUUGGACAAGCAGAAAUACACUUCUGACAUUUUGUCGUGCUCCCUUGUAGUCUACGACCUGCAGAGUGCUGACGUCGAAGACGUGGAGUACGUCAUCAAGGAGCUGAAGGUCGCAGAACUGAAGCACGACGUCACCUUCGUGCUCAUUUCCUCGGUGAUGGUCUGGGCCAACACUCGGAAGCAGUACGUGCCGGUGAAAGACGAUGAAGAGGAGGAGGAUCCAGUGGACGAAGAGGGAGAGGAGGUUGAGGUGAAGAAGCGGCCCAAGGAGCUGACCGAUGCUGAUUUGGAGCGGCGGCUCCCAUCGCCUGCCCAUGAGGCGUGGAAAUACCUCGAGACGCUCACCCUUUCUCUUGGUUCCAAAGAGAAGCUGCGGCCACACGUCGUUGGUGCCGGUGUUUUGUAUGGCAACGGCGAGCGAACUUUUAACGAUCUCUUCAAGGCAGCUUGGCUGACGCAGCCCAUCCACAAGAUCAUAGCUCCCGGUGACAACUACUUGCCUUGCGUGCACGUCCGGGAUGUUGCCCGCCUGGUGCGUGUGGUGGCUUCCGACAGCACAGUCGGCCCAUACUUGUUGGCAGUAGACCACUCGCGGCUGACCCAGGCAAACAUCAUCCAGGGCAUCAUCAAUCAGAUCUCGCACAAGCGGGAAGUGCCAAUCUGCCCAGCGGAGGAGGUUGACUCAGACUUCAAAGAAGUCCUAUCUCUGGACAUCAUCCUCGAACCCUCAGCACCUCUCAAGGAUCCGAGCUUCUCGUGGUGGUGUCGGGAUGGUAUUGUUGCCAACAUAGAGAAGGUGGCCGCGGAGUUCUGCAAAUGGCGCAACCUGCGUCCCAUCAAAAUGGUGGUGAUCGGACCACCUGGAUGCGGCGCAGAGCGUCUUUGCGCUCAAGUGGCCGGGCGCUACCUCCACGAGGAGCCACCGCACCUGACCUUCGACCAGAUCAUUGCAGAUGCCUGCUCUGCACCGACCAGGGCAGCUCGCAAGCUCAACAAGAAGGUUCGGAAGCUGGAGCCCGGAAAGAAGCUUCCUUUGAAGUUGAGGACCAAGCUGGUGCAGAGCCGCCUGCUGUCCAAUGUUUGCCGCUACCGUGGGUACAUUCUGGAGGGCUAUCCGACAAGCUUCGCAGAAGCGGAGGCGUUGUUCAUGGAAAAAGUGCGUGAAGAAGGGGAGGAGGAAGAGGCUGAGGCAGAAGCUGAGGAGGGUGAAGACGAAGGCGAAGAAGAGGGCGAAGAGGAGGCAGAUGAGGAAGAGGAAGAGGAGGCUCCACCACCAGAGGAAGACGAGGAAGACGAGGAGCAGAGGCCUAAGUUCAAGGUGAAUGAAAGUGUUGUUCCUGAAUAUGGUGUUUUGAUUCAAAGCGCGGUGGCGCGCUGCAAGGAAAGAAUCUUCAACGGCGAAGCAAAGGGCCCCACCAGGGAGGAGGACUUCGUCCGAACCACAGCGGAGUACCAAGGUGCUAACUUGGCUGAGGAUGGUACUCCUAGUACUUCCGAGUUCUUCUUGGAACAGUGUGGCUUGAAAAUGCUGCCGAUCAACAUUGACGCCUGCAGUGAAGAGGAGGCUUUCCAGGCAAUCCGAGUUCACAUCGAAUCCAAGGGCCAGUUCUUCAACUACUUAAGGUCAGAAGAAGACCUGGUGCGUGAAGAGCAGGAGAAGCUGGAAAGGAUUCAACAGGAACGAGAUGCUGAGCAAAGAAGGGAGCUGCAGGAGCAAGCUGAGAAGGAGGCUGCACUCAGACAGAAGCUCGCAGGCGAAGAGGACUUGAGGCGCAAGGUCAUCGCGAAGAACGAGGCUGCCCAUUUGGAACAAGAGGCCCAGCCUUUGCGGCAAUAUCUUCUGGCGCACGUUGUUCCCACCUUGACCGCAGGGCUGACUGAGGUCUGCAAAGAGCAGCCGGAGGACCCCAUCGAAUUCUUGGCACAGUACCUGUUUGCCCACGCUCAGGAGGUGCAAACGAUGGAGCUGAGUAGCUAGAGCCAGACACCACACGUUUCAGAACGGGAGUCUCACCGAAAGCAGCCUGUGCAAGAACGCACGCUGCAGUGUUUCACUCGCCAGGCUUUUAACUGGGUCCCUUAAAGUGAACAUUUCGAGGGCCUUCUCCU